UCUACAAUCAGCGGUCGAAUUAAAAACAGUGCAGAAGGAUGUUUUGAGGAAAAAGAAUCGUACGUGGUACGAAUUUAUCGGCACAAUCUGAUCAAGGACGGAGGCAUCAUCAAACGGAAACUACGCGAGAAACUUUUCGAAGAGAUAAAACUGCGCCGCAACACUCGUGUCAAACAGGACGAGUUGGGCUGGGUGCUGAUGAACCACGAUUUGAUAACACGUAAUGAGCCAAUCCAACAGCAUGCCAAUGGUAAUCGACCAAAUCAUUUUAAAUUCAACAUGGAGCGGUUGCGAAACCUACUGGAGCAGCACGAACAGAACAAUCACGCUGAGUUGACUUCCGAAAAGCAAAACAAAUUCCUGCGUAUGCUGGAUGCAAUUUUACAAAACGAAAAAGUUUUGAAGGAAAUUAAAGAGAUGGUAGUGGCGAAUCGACUUCUAUCGGAAAUUCGUUAUGUGACUGCGGUGGAACGUAUGCUGAAACACAAUUUGGACCCCUCUUUGCGCUGCUGCUUUGUAUGCUGAGAGUAUUUCCGCACUGCCGAUGAGUAUACCAGUCAUUUCGAAAAAUUGCA